AUGAGAGUUUUAAUAGUAGACGGUUUUGCGGAUAGUCCUGAAAGUCGACGCUCAUGAACAAUUUUCAAAUCAUUGGUAAGGGAGGCAUUUACUCAUCAGAAAAUGUAUAAUGUCGCUGAUAUAGAAUUUAUUGAGGUUAAUUAUGAAUCAAUAGACACUUAUCUUUAUGAGCUCAAUACAGGGUAUCAUAGCAGAGACGCAGAAAAGCUUUUCGACCAUCUCGAUUUAAUAUUCAUUGAUGGGGAAGCAAAUAUGCUGCCUUGGCUCCGCAAAGCAAGAAAAUUUUUAACUUUAGUCAGAAUGUGUAAAAAAACAAACAAGAUAAUGUUUGCAUGCACAUUUGCGAUGCAAAUGCUUGUAUAUUUAUGCGCAACGAAUUAUAACAUUGAUAGAGUCAUCAAUGGAAAAGGCAGAGGAAGUUCUUUGGCUGAAAUAAAUAAAAUCCCAAAAGAAAGUUUGAAUAGGCUGACUUUUGGGGAUGCGUUUUUAGAUAGCUCAACAGGCGAUAUUUAUUGCUUUGACCCUCACAGAGGUGAGUUUUAUCCGGUUUCAAAUGCAGGAAUCCACAAUCAUAAAGCUGCUCAAGAAAACGAAAAAGUUAGCAAAGCAAUGAUUAAAUCGCAUCAGUACUGAGCAAAAGCCUUUGACUCGCCAAAUGACGUUUAUAUUGGAAAAUCGAAUGAAACCAAAUGCAGAAUUUUUAAACAGUAUGUUCAGCAUUGGCUUGUUAAAGGGUUAGGAUUCAACGAAUAUUUAGUCCCAAGCCUGAAUAAAUGAGAUGUGCAUCCAGUUAAUGCGACUUUAAAAGGAAAUGUGUACACAGUUUUUGCAGAAAGUGAUCGAGGGCCUCAAAUCAUCGUGCAUCGUAAUGCAGUUGGUGUGCAAUUUCAUCCUAACCCUAACCCCCCCCCCUCCGUGAGUGAACAAAACCAUUAGAAAAAUCGCUAUUUUUUUCCCCAAAACCCCCACCCUCCGCGAGUGAACAAAAAUUUUUUUAAUAGAAAAAAUUUUUUAUGAAAAAAAUUUUUGAUAUAUAAAUGAUAAUUAGUAUAAUGAAAUCUAGAGCUAAUUCUAUUUAAUUUUGAACGAAUUGCUUUUUUAAAACAUAAAAUUUUAUAAAUUAAAUUAAUAUUUGCUUUCCAAUUUUUGCGAAUUAGGAUUUUUUUAAAUUUUGAAAAAAAAUAUUUUUUAUAUAAAUUUUUUAAAAAAAAAAAAAAUUAACCCCCCUCCGUGAGCGAACAAAAUUUUUUUGUUCACUCACGGAGGGGGGGGGAGUAAGUAUCCUGCUACUUUUACAGUCGUAAAAAACUUUGUAGUUUAUAUGAUGUCCAGAUUCCAAAAUGAAACUGCAAAGUUGGACAUUCCGCUUUCAAUUGUAACAAAAUCUGGCCUAGGCGUAGGCUCAAGCAUGGGAUCUGUUAGUUCUGACACUGGUUUAAAAGCAAAUGAAGCAAAACAUUCUGGAUUUGCAUUCUCUUUGAGAGAUGGAGAGCCUUUAACUGUGAAAAUUAACGCCACCACUUCAGAGGCAAUUAAACUUGCAAGCCCAACCCCUGGGCUUAGACCUAGAAGUUCCAUUGAUGAGAACUCAGAAGCAGAGGACUCCUCUGAAGGCAGCAUAUUUAGCCAUCAUUCCUUAAAGCGAAAAAAUACGAACAAAAAGGUUGCGUUUACCAAAAAAGAAUCAGCCACAACACGAGAAAAUCCAAUACUCGAUGAAAGAGUUAUUAAGCCAAUCCAAUCAGAAUAUAUCAACACUCUCGGAAACGAUUUUAUUGAAUCUUUGCCCACAGCCUGAAAAAGUAAAAAAGAAAUCAGAUCAUUUUUACACCCUGGCUACGAAGUAGAUAACAUCGUAUCUUCACACGACGACUAUUUCAUAACGACUAUUUUUUUUUGGCCUAUUUUUUUUUGGCCUAUUUUUUUUUCACCUAUUUUUUUUGGCCUAUUUUUUUUUGGCCUAUUUUUUUUUGGCCUAUGUUUUUUUGGCCUAUUUUUUUUUUUGGCCUAUUUUUUUUUAGCCUAUUUUUUUUGGCUUUUUUUUUGACAAUUUUUUAACUAUUUUUUACUAAUAUUUGGGCAUAAUUCCAUACUAAUUGUUUUAAUCUAAUUUUUAAUGUGUUUUAGACGAUUUGACCAUCGGAAAAUGCACCCUUAACAGAUUUCUUACUCCAUGAAUACUAAUUCAUUGCUUUUAAAAUUUCGAGAAUUUUAGAUUUAAUUAGGAGUUUUUCACUUAAUUUACUCAAUAUUAAUCGCGUAAGGAAAGGCCUCUGUUUCUCAAUAAGGUUUUAGUCCUCUCAGCAGCUUCAUGAAUGAGGCUAGGCAAAAAAAAUAGGCCAAAAAAAAUAGGCCAAAAAAAAUAGGCCAAAAAAAAUAGGCCAAAAAAAAAUAGGCCAAAAAAAAUAGGCCAAAAAAAAUAGGCCAAAAAAAAAUAGGCCAAAAAAAAUAGGCCAAAAAAAAAUAGGCCAAACAAAUAGGCCAAAAAAAAAUAGGUGAAAAAAAAAUAGGCCAAAAAAAAAUAGGCCAAAAAAAAUAGGCCAAAAAAAAAUAGGCCAAAAAAAAAUAGUCGUUAUGAAAUAGUCGUCGUGUGAAGGAACCAGAUAACAUGCCUAAGAGAGGAAUUAUCAUGAAUGGCAAAAAUCUAACAUUGACAAGAAAUGAUUUUGAGUAUUAUGAAAAGCCUCUUGUAAAAAUGAUUGUUUCACCUACACCUUACUGCAGAUAUAACAAAGAGUUUAAAGCAGCAGAGACAGAGACUUUUGCAAAAACAAGGACAUCAAGUUUUCCUAAUUUAGGAGCGACAAUAAGAAAUGAUGGAACGCCAUUUAUUGAGCCAGAAAAAAGGAAAUUAAAAGAAAAAAUAAAAGAUAAAGAAAAAUGAGUUGCAAGAACUGAUUUCAAUAGAGUUUUUUCUGCCAGUCCUGCUGAAAAGCCACCUGGGUUUAACUCCCUUUCUACUCCUCUUCAUGAGCACAAGUUCAGAGAUGAAAACAAAGCAAAAUGGAUUUAUGGAGCAUUUAAAAUUGGAAGUUAUUAA